UGACGCUGUGGGCGACUCUGAACAACAAAUGUACCUUGGCUCGAUGGCUUGAGGCGCUUGUAUAAUCUAUCGCUCACCGUCACACAGCGUCUCAACUGAUAUGUGCAUUCCCUAGACUGUGGAAAGCAUCACCGAGCAUAAUCUCUCGGGGAAUUUGAUACGCUGAAGCAUGAGGAACGGCUUUGUUCUCUUGCAAUUUUCCGUCCAGCGUAUCGUAGAUACUCUCUAAUGCCCCUGAGCAUCGGCCACUCGGUUAUUACUCGAUCAGGCCAUGUCAUACAACGCGAAAAAUCUCGCCUAUGACGCGAAGGAGCCUGCAUUUCUGCAGCGACUAAAGGGCCAAUACGGAAAUACCUCUGGUGGCCUAGAGCGCCCAAUAUCACAACGACCUCGCCGAGUACGAGACGAUAACGAGGAUGACGGACCUACAUAUGUCGAUGCGGAGAGCAACGAGGUGAUAACCAAGGAGGACUACGAGGCCAUGGUGAAUGGCGGUGGCGACCAAGAAUCUGAACAGCCUGAAAAUGGUGUGAAGGACAAGGACGCCGCUGCCGAGGAUGCUGGAAACUCCAAGAAGACAGAAGGAUCAACAUCAAAGCAAAACAUGGCAGAGAUUGGAGGGCCUCGAAAGCGAAAGCAAGCAAAGGUCGUUGGAGAUGAGGAUGAAGCUCAAGAGCCUAAAAGCGAGCCAGUGCGGUUAAAAGACCCAGGGCCUCGGAAGCCAAAACAGAAAAAGAAGAAAAUAAAGCUCUCGUUUGAGGAGUAAUCUAAGCAAACCAUUGCCUUUGGCAUAUCGCAUCUCAGUACUGUACGUAGG